ACUUAAUGCCAGUCGUAUCUAUAAUAUGGAUGAAAGUAACAUAUCAACAAUCUUUAAUAAAUUUCCAAAAAUAGUGUUAUCUGAAUGUAAAUGUUUAGGAUCAAAAAUAGUGUCUCAAAGUCGUAUACUGUCACUAACUGCAGUAUGUUGUAUGAGUGCCGCUGGCUACUAUGUUCCACCUGCUCUAAUCUUUCCUCGAAAAAAGUUUAAGCCAGAAUUUUGUAAGAGAGCACCACCGAAUACUUUAGGUAUGACAUCUGAUUCUGGCUCUAUAAAUUCAGAACUAUUCGUAACCUGGUUAAAACACUUUACAAAAUAUGUGACGGCAUCUCGAGAUAGACCAGUAUUACUCGUAUUGGACAAUCAUAUAUCUCAUUGCAGUUUGCCAGCAAUUAAUUAUUGUCAAGAGAAUGGCAUCAUUUUAUUAGUUUUACCUCCAUACGCUAGUCAUAAACUACAACCACUUGAAAUAGUCUUUUUUGGAUCACUAAAAAAGUUCAUGGCAGAAGAAUGUGAUCGAUUGAUAUUGCAGCCCUCUGGUCGAUUGAUAACAAUUUAUCAAAUAGGAGAGAUUUUUUGCACAGCUUAUCACAAGGCUACAUCUAUUGACGAAGCAAUUAAAGCGUUUAGAGAUACAGGAAUUUUCCCUCAGAAUCCCUUUGCUUUUCGAGAAGAAGACUUCAUGCCAGCCUCACUUACCAAGAAACAAUCAAUCAAGCAUCCAGAAGAUAAUAAGUUGUGCCCUGCUGCAAGCUGUGAAUCUCCAGUAGACUGCUUGGGAACCACAAGUCCACGCAAUGGAUCUUCAUCGUCUCCGAGUCAGACUGAGAUAAAUUCUUAUGAGGAUGUUGAAAUUAAAACGGAUGUAUAUGCUGAUGAGACGAUGAUAGAUGACAGCAGAGUACAGGGAUUCGAAAGAGAAUUGGAAGCAGAUAAGAUCCUUGGCUCAGCGGAUGACAAUGGAAAACUGAUGUAUUUGAUACAAUGGAAAGGAACGGAUGCAGUUGACAUGGUCUCUGCCAGUGAAGCCAAUGUCAAGUGUCCUCAGAUUGUUAUCCGAUUUUAUGAGGACAGAAUAACCUGGAAAAGAGCAAAAAUAAAACCGUAAUAGAUGAGUUUCCUUAAAAAAGUUAGGUUUUGCAUUUUUUAGAACAAUGACCAUUAUUGUGAUUUAUGGGUGCGGUUAAAAGUCUUAUUACAAAUGCCUUAAAGCAUUUCAUUGAAAAAAGAAUUUUACUAAUUAACUAAUAAAAAAGUGUUUCAACGCAUUUAUA